AUGAGGGGCAGGUCAUCGCUAGUCUCCCGAGAUGCUACCCCCACCUUGACGCCGCCCGGAGCUGCCUCUGGCCCUUCUGCUGGACCGUCCUCUGCUUCUGGAGCAGGCGCGCCCGCGCCUCAAGCCUCGAGGCUCUCGGGCUUCAAGCUCACCAAGCGGAGGGUGGACUAUGCUGCGGUGGACCAGCCGCUGCCUUCGGCGAAGAAGAGGAAGGAGGAUGCAGCGGCCGCGCCCCCUUCCAUGAGGAGAGGAGGCGACGUCACUCACACCUCCCCGGCCCAGUCGCCCUCGCGAGACCAGGAGGAGCUUCGUCACGAGGAGUCAGCCCUCGAGGCCCCGCUGGCUCCGGAAGUGCCGAUGUCCGGCUCAGCCUCCGAGGUCCCAAAGGCUCAAGAGUCCUUGGUCUCCCAGGCCCUGGUGACGGCGUUGCCUCCUUCUCCUGCCGCGCCAUUGCUCUCAGGUUCUUCUGCCUCCUCUGUUGUCUUGGAGCGUGCCCUUUCAGAGAUGACCCAGCUGCGGGAAGAUCUCCGGGGCGCGGAUCCAUGCCUGGUGGCCGGGCGCCUGGAGCUGGCAUCCGGCUGGCUUCAGUCUGACGCGGCGGUCCGAGCGACGCUGAACCAGGCUGCAACGGCCUCCGAGAAGGAGAUGCGAGCCGCCGCGCAGGCUGCGGCCGAUCGCGAGGCGGCGCUGAAGGACGCCAAGGCCGCCCACGACCGCUGCCGGGCGUUGGAGAAAGAGCUGAAGGGCCUGCGCGAUGAGCACGCAGAAGAAGCUCAUGGCCGCCGGGCAAAGGAGGAGGAGAUGAGGGAUCGGGAGGAUGCCAUCAAGAACCGCGACGCCGAGCUGGGGGAGCUGGCGAAGGCGCAGGCCGCUGAACGCGACCGGCUAGAGGAGCUGGAGCGGAAGAGGUCCCGUGUGGCACUGAAGUCACUGUACGAGAAGGGCUUGGAGAAGCUGCUGACCACCGAUAAGGAUGGCCCUGCUCAGCUGCUUCCCUUCUUGGUGAAGGCGCUCAAGGAAGUCGUGGAGGGCAUCGGUCCCAUGGCGGAUGCAGAGGCUCACGUACUUUCUUCAACCGCGCUGACGCUGGUCUUCAGCCACCCGUACCUUCGUGACCCCAGCGCUCAUCUUGACGAGCUGCUGGAGCCUGUAGCUGAUGAACACUGUGCGGCUGCCGCCGCAGCCGUGAAAGGUCAAGUGGAGGCCCUGCUGAAGAAGUUCCGUGGCUUCACCCCCGCGCCUUCGACUGGUAGUGCCACCGAUCCUGCGGCUCCAGCUGGCGGUGCAGGCGAAGGCGAUGCCACCAAGGAAGGAGCACCUCUUGUGGGCGACGACGGUGUCCAGGGGUGA